AUGCCACCCGCAACUCAUCUCAUACUUUCCAAAUUUCUCACCUUAAUUUUCCAUGCAUUUUCUUCUCUCUCUAAUAACCAAAUUCCUUAUCAAAGAUCAACCUUUCUCUUUUUGUCUCCUUGAUUUCAAUUUCAAACACCAAAUUGAUUAGAUAACAAUUUUCAAGAUUUGCUCUCCAACCCUUCGCCCCUAGUGCCGACUAAGUAAAACAUCUGGUUUGUUUUUUGAAAUCUAUAUAUUUUUUUAAAUCAGUUUAAUUUCCCUUAUCAUUAACAUCUGCUACACAUAACAGAAUAGUGAAGAUUUCUUUUCUUUUUGGCAACAAUUUUCUGUGUUUGUGUGGUUCAACAAGGAAAAAAAUUCUUGCUUUUGAUCAUACGAAUGAGAUCUAGAUGAGGGUCAGAACCAAUUUGUUUAUGGUGUUCUCAUUGGCAUGCCUUCUUUGUGUGUCACUCUCAAGUGCUCAACUCCCACAUGAUGCUGUUGUCUCGGCUCGUUUACUAGAUGCCCAUCUUCAAGAUUGGGCCUUUAAGGCCCUUUCCGGCCCAAUAACUGGGGAGCCCUAUGAUGCUCAAGUGCCCACCAACCUAACAGGGAUCAAAGUCUCAGCAGUGAGACUCAGGAGUGGUAGUUUGAGGACAAGGGGAGUUCAGAGCUACAAAGAAUUUGAGAUCCCAAUUGGGGUUGCUGAGAGUCCCUAUGUGGAGAGGCUUGUCUUGGUGUACCACAACUUGGGUAAUUGGUCUCACACAUUUUACCCUUUACCUGGUUACUCAUAUUUGGCUCCUGUUUUGGGCCUCUUGGCCUAUAGCGGUGUCAAUUUGUCUGCCUCAGAGCUUCCUGAAUUGGACCUAAGGGCCUCUGAUAAGCCUCUUUUGGUUAAAUUCCCUUAUGUGGAACCAGCACCAUUUGGGGCAUUGGCCAAGUGUGUGUAUUUUGACUUGCAUGGUUCUGUGCAGUUUGACAUUGUGUUACCUGGGAAUGUGUGUUCAACAAUGCAACAAGGGCACUUCUCAAUAGUUGUGGAAUCAAAUGCCCCAUCACAAGCACCUAGUGAUGGAAAGAACAAGUUCAUGUUAAAGAUUGUGGUUCCUUCUGUGGUUGGUGGGGUUCUAUUGUUGGUCACUUUGUGGCUAUUGGUUGUUGGAGUGAGAAGACACAGAAAAAGGAAAAGUAUACAACAAUUGGAAGGUGUUGCUCAUAGCAGUGAAACCUUGGACAUAGCAUACAUUGGUGACACCAAAGUACCAUCAGCAUUUGGUACUCGUACAAGAGCAAUGAUAGAAAAUGAUUACCUUCCUUAGAUUUAAAAGCAUUUUUGCUUUGCCAUUUCUAUUUCUGCUUGGAAUUAUAAAGUUUCUAUAUGUAAUCAAGUUCAAAUUGAAGUCUUGAAAUGUGGUUCGGU